AUGUGGAGAUGCGAUGCUUCGUCCAGUGUUCGACAGCCUGGGUUGCUUCGCGGAGUUGCGGCAGAGGCACAUGUGCAGACCUUCCACACUCACGACUGCAGUGUGCCGAAGCGACAGCCAUCUGUCGUUAUUUGCAGGACGCAAAAGCUCACCACGACCGGCCAAUUGCCAGUCGGAAGGACUUCUUCCCUGACGACGCGUGUUCAGUGUUCAACAUCACUCCGUGAAGAUACCAUAGAUUCUCCGCCCCUAUGUCCCUCAAUCACGCAACCUCCCGCAUCUAAUCGUGCGGACCACUCCGCCAUGAUUGGAUCGUCCGGCGUCGAUCAACAUGCAGAAAGUUAUGCUUUCAUUGACAUCUGCACGCUGGCUGCGAAUCUCGAGUCCUGCGUCCAGCGCUGCACCUUAUCAGUCAAGCACGCCGUCUUCCUUCGCGGCCGGGCGAUCAUGAUUGACGGCGCCGGAUUCGUGCCCACGACAGAUACCGACCACCGCGCCUGGCUUUGGGUAACGGGAUUCCUGGCCUUGAUAUACAGCUUGCUAUGUCUGGCGGCGCGAGUGACUGGAAAAUGGGGCCUUCUCUGGUGGGAUGAUCUGGUACUGGGAGGCAGUUAUGUCACAGCGUUUCUGCACUGGGGAUUGCUGUUUACGUCGCUCAGCCAUGGAUUGGGUGUAUCCGAGCUCGCUCUGAGUGAUUCUGCGAUGAAGACUGCAGCCCGGUUAUACUUUGCCGCCAGAGUACCUUUCUUCGUAUCUCACUGCCUCUCCAAGCUCAGCAUUCUCAUCUUUACCCGCCGAAUCUUUGCCGGAGACAUUCACAAGGAGAACAUCAUCUUCGGAGUAGCCUACGCAAUAACAAUUCUUUACGGAAUUGCAGGAGUGCUCCUCAGCUCGGCGGGAUGCAGACCCGAGGAGGCUCUCAUCGCCAGGGUCAACGCAGUAUGCGAUGCGAAUGAAGUCCGAUGGGCUAUCAUCACCAUCCUGGACGGCCUCAGCGAGAUAUUCGUCCUUGCCAUGCCCGUCUGGUUCAUUAGCAAGAAUCAGCUGAGAGCAUCCAAAAAGCGCAUUGUCGUGCUGGUCUACAUCUUCAGAUUAAUUGUACUGGGCUUCAGCAUCGCUGUCACGGUCACUUACUUCCAGUUUCUCCGCGGCGGACGCAACAGCAUCGGGAUUGUCAACGCGGUCGUAUGGGAGGAGGUCCUGCUGGCGUUCUCGAUCAUUUCAGCUUCUUUCCCCUGCUUGCGGACCUUCUUGUGGGCGUUCAUGUCAAGAGGCCUGAUGACCAUGUACGGCAACACCACCACGGUCUCCGGCUCCGAGCAGCGAUCACACCACACCAGCGUCCAAUUGCAAUCCCUGAAUAACAAGUCCGGCUCACGCCUCGACUCUGAGCCGGGAAACGAUGGCACAACACGGCCCGCACGUCUCCGGCCCGAGUGGCUCGAAUAUCGCGUCAACGUGAGCGGAGAGGGUGCGAAACAGAAGAAGAAGAACGGCGCAACGGGCGGCCUGGCAUCAUUGAGCAUGAGAAGGAGUGAUGACUCAGAUCGGAUGAUCAUCCAUCAGGAGACGUCGUAUCGGGUGGAGAGCAUUUGAGUGAGCGUUCUUGUUGGAUAGCUUUUUGUUUUGAGCGGGAGGCAUUUGGAUACCCUCGCUUUCGUGGUGGCUUCGGAUUGGCCUGGGUUGAGGGUUGGAUAUGUAUGCAACGCACCUACGACCACCUCCUUGUGGGGUAAGCAUGCUUCACAAUGGACAUAGCUAGUAGAUGUGUCCGUCGUG